AUGAAGAAAGCUAGGAAAUCGCAACAGCAGCAGGCAGCGAGCACAUCUAUUACUGAUCUGACACAAUUGUCCAAUGCAGAUAGUGAAACAAUAGCUUCAUGCAUCCGCUCCCGUUACGAGACGUUCAAGAUUUACACAAACAUCGGAUCUCGACAUCUGAUUGUUGUAAAUCCCCUCAAAGAUCUCGCCAUCAACGAUGACCAAACGAGCUUGGAAUACGUAGCUGCCUACAAAGAUGCAUCUGGCACAAACACACUGCUGGAUCCACAUUUGUUUGACCUUGUAAACAGAGUGUAUUUCCAUAUGAGACGUACUGGCAGUGAUCAAAACAUCGUAUUAAGAGGCGACUCCGGUAGUGGAAAAUCCGAAAUCCGCAACUUGUCUAUCCGACAUUUGGUACGACUCAGUAGCCAUCGCAAAGAAUCCAAAGUGCAAACCCAAAUUAUAGAAUCCCAAAAGGUGUUUGAAGCAUUCGGCGAGUGCCAAACACAUCCCGGCGUUUCUGGCUCUCGAUUUGGCUAUUAUGGUGAAAUCCAAUUCAAUGAAAGAGGACGUAUGGUCGGCUCCAAGACGCUCCAUUACUUUCUCGAAAAGUCCCGUGUCACAGGUCGCUCAUCGCCAUCAACGACAGAUGGCAAUUUCAAUAUAUUCUAUUAUUUAUUAGCUGGUGUAUCCUCAGACGAAAAGACAGCACUACAAAUCACAGCCCAAGAGCCAUCUGCUUACAACUAUCUCUCCAAAUUCAAGAAACGCACCAUCCAGUCUGCUGAAGAUGCAGCCAAGUUUGAUCAGCUAAAAUCUGCCCUCAAAAUUAGUGGUUUCCGCAGAGAACACAUUGGUCGAAUCAUACAGCUUGUGGCUACCAUAUUGCAUCUCGGUAACCUUGUUUUUGUGGAUCCUGUGGGUACUGGUACACAGGAAGCCGCUUUUGUUAAAGACACUGAACAGCUUGAAAUCGUGGCGGAUUUUUUGGGACUGGACCCUCAUGCACUGGAAAAUGUACUGACAUUCAAGACCACCAUGAUUCGCAAAGACUUUACUACACUGAUUCUAAACGCAGAACAAGCCGCCCUUCAAAGAGACGCUCUCUGUGAGACCUUGUACUCGCUGCUGUUUUCUUGGAUUGUGGAGCGUGUCAAUAGCAAAACUUGUGUAGAUGAAUUCAACAGUUUUAUCGGCAUUUUGGAUUUCCCCGGCCUCCAAACUUCUCACAGCGUGGUAGCUGGUUUCGAUCAACUCUGUGUCAACCUGGGAAAUGAGCGUAUUCAAUACUACCUUGAUCAGACCAUGUUCCAAACCGAGGCAGAUGUGUUUCGUGCAGAAGGCAUCCAAGUGCCUGCUGAUCUAGCAACCACAGCAGUGGAUGGUCAGUGCCUGGAUCUAUUGAAUCGCCCCAAGGGCAUAUGCGAUACAAUCAACACCAUGACAGACGUUUCCAAGCGAAACUACACGGACGACAACAUUAUGGAUUCGCUAGUAAAAUUCAACUCGACGCAUGCGGCCUUCUCAGUCAAGAAUUCAGAUACCAACGCUCGACGAUUUGUGAUCAAUCAUUACAGCGGCUCUGAGCCAGUCCAGUACUCGACACACGGAUUUAUUGCAGAGAACAACAGCCAGAUCUCGGUCGACUUUUUGUCCUUGUUUAAGGGUGGUUUAGAUGUACAGCCUUCUUGGAACUCGUUUGUCGUUGAUCUAUUUGCUAAUGUCAAAGUGGAGAAUCAUCCCAAGCACAACUCGGCUAUUAUUGCGGCUCGUCAGUCUGCCAAGCCCAUGCGUGCUCCCUCCCAACGUCGAUCCACUCGCAGAAAGGGCGGUCCUACUGAAAAGACCGGCGACUUAUCAUCAUCAGCAUCCUUGACGGUGUUGCAGCAAAUAUCCUCUGCCAUGGACGAACUCGUGCAGUCAUUUGAAGAGGUGAAGCUGUGGUCUGUAAUUUGCAUUCUGCCAAAGCAACACUCGGGCAGCAGCGGCUUUUCCAGCAAGAGUUCGUUUGACAGCAAAUACGUCACAUCACAGCUAGAACAGUUCAAAGUCUCCUCUCUCCUUCAAUUGCCCACCAUUCAGUAUGUCGAGUCUUACCAGCACCAAGAGUUCCUGGACCGCUAUGCUCACCUGUUCACGGGACUUGACCCCUCUCGUUUGCUUCGCUCGCAAUGUGAAACAGCUGCAGGCACCAUGAAUUGGACUGCAAAUAACAUGUGCACAACACAAAACAAAGUAUUUCUCAGUGCUGUGGCAUGGCGUGAGCUGGAAGAUCAACUGCGUUCUUAUGAAAAGGUAGAGCAACGCCAAGCCAAGGAUGGCCAGUUACUGAUGGACGCCAGCGAGGCCAACACGACCACACGAGACGACACUGUCACAUCAGCAUCACAACAUAACGAGCAUCCGUUUGCUGCUACAGCUGCUGCUGCUGGUCUGCCUUUGCCAUCUCAGCAUUAUGCGCACCAGGACGACCAAGCCUCCUACUACUCUGAGGACGAAUCAGGCCAAUACGUUGAAAAUGACGGCUCUUACUAUGGAUCCGAUUCCUACGUGUAUUCGACCACAGGUGGCAGCGAUCAAAAGAACGGUCUUGUUAUUCCGCAUGAGCCUGUUAUAGAGAAUCUGGAUGAAACAGAAGAAGACGAGAGCAAAAUGACAGCAGGACGCAAGCGAUGGCUGUUUUUUGUCUACUUUGCAACAUGGUGGAUUCCCUCCAAGUUUAUGGUCUGGUGUGGUCGCAUGAAGCGUAAAGAUGUGCGCAUUGCCUGGCGAGAAAAGGUGACAUUGUGUAUGCUCAUCUUCUUAAUGUGUGCCUUUGUUAUUUGGUUCCUGAUCUUCUUUGGUGAAUUUGUGUGUCCCAAGCAACAUGUGUUUUCCACGUCUGAGCUGCAGAGCCAUGGCAUCGAUGAUGAAAAAGCCUAUGUUGCUAUUCGUGGUGAAGUAUUUGACUUGACUAAUUUUGCUCCUCGCCACUACCCCUCCAAUCUUGUGCCUACCUCCUCUGUCAUGCAAUACGCUGGCACCGAUGUCACCAACCUCUUUCCUGUCCAAGUGUCUGCUCUGUGUGAGGGUGUCGACGGUGCACCCAUCUCGCCCUAUGUGUCUUUUGACUACAACAUCAACUUGACAGACACCAACGGCCAAUACCACGAUUUUAGAUACUCUUCCGACAACUACAACCCCAACUGGUAUUACGACCAAAUGACCCUACUGAGAAAAAACUACAAGGUGGGGCAUAUGGGCUAUGAAUACAAGGCGAUUUCAGACCAAGCAAAGAGUCCUACGCUGCAAAAUGGCAUCAAUACGCUGCGUACCUGGGCUGUCAUUGAUGGACACAUUUAUGAUCUGACGACCUACAUGAUGGGCGGGCGUUAUGCUCGCGGUCCUCCUGGCGAAGCUGUCCCUGCUGUGGACACUAACUUUAUGUCUCAAAACGUGGUGGAUUUGUUCCAGCAAAAAGCAGGCUCUGAUAUCACCAAUGAAUUCAACAGUUUGCCCCUGGAUGCGGCUGCGCGUGAACGUCAACUGGUGUGUCUUCGCAACCUGUUCUUUGUGGGCUACGUUGACACCAGAAACUCUACCAAAUGUCAGUUCUCGACCUACUUGCUGCUGAUUGUGACAUGUCUGAUGGCUGCUGUGAUUGUCUUCAAGUUUGUAGCAGCCAUUCGAUUCGGUGGUAAACGUGCUCCUGAGGAACAUGACAAGUUUGUGAUAUGUCAAGUUACAUGUUACACCGAGGACGAAGAAUCACUGCGAAAGACCAUCGACUCCUUAUCUGUAUUACAUUACGACGACAAGCGCAAAUUGCUGUUUAUCAUCUGCGACGGAAUGAUUGUCGGUAGUGGCAACGACUUGCCUACGCCUCGCAUUGUGCUCAACAUCCUGGGCGUGGACCCUCAAGUAGAUCCCGAAGCCUUGUCCUUUGUUUCUGUUGGUGAUGGCAGCAAGCAGCACAAUAUGGGUAAAAUCUACUCUGGUCUGUACGAGGUCAAGGGUCAUGUCGUACCGUAUAUUGUGGUUGCCAAAGUAGGAAACCCUCGUGAACGCCAAAAGCCUGGUAAUCGUGGUAAGCGUGAUUCUCAAUUGGUGCUGAUGCAAUUCUUGAACCGUGUGCACUAUGACGCUCCCAUGAAUCCCCUCCAGCUUGAGAUCUACCACCAGAUGAAGAACGUCAUUGGUGUGAGCCCGCAUUUCUACGAGUUUGUGCUGAUGGUGGAUGCUGAUACCGAAGUGAUGCGAGACGGUCUCAACUACCUGGUGUCCAGUGUGGUACUCGACUCCAAGGUCAUUGGUAUCUGUGGUGAGACGACGCUGUCCAACGAAAAGGACACUUGGGUCACCAUGAUUCAAGUGUAUGAAUACUUUAUCUCUCAUCAUCUCAUCAAGUCGUUUGAAUCCCUGUUCUCCACUGUCAGUUGUCUGCCUGGCUGUUUCACCAUGUAUCGUGUGCGUACGGUGGAUGGCAAGCGUGCUCUUUUCUGCAGUAACGAGAUCAUUGCUGAUUACUCUGUCAAUGUUGUCGACACCUUGCACAAAAAGAACUUGCUACAUCUUGGUGAAGAUCGUUACCUGACUACGCUGCUGCUCAAGCACUUUGCUGACUUCAAGACCAAGUUCAACCCUGAUGCUCAAUGUAAGACCAAUGCGCCCGAUCUCUGGAGUGUCCUGGUAUCGCAGCGUCGUCGCUGGAUCAACUCCACUGUGCACAACCUGGGUGAGUUGGUCUUCCUUCCCCGUCUAUGUGGUUUCUGCUGUUUCUCUAUGCGUUUUAUUGUUAUGCUUGACUUGAUCAGUACGUUGGUGAUGCCUGCUAUCAUGGGCUAUCUUGGCUAUCUGAUCUACACCUUGGCUACAUCCGACGGCACGGUCCCCAUCAUCACUGUGGCUACUAUUGCUGGUACCUAUGGUCUUCAAGCUCUGCUUUUCAUCAUGAAGGGUCGCUGGGAGUUUGUCAUUUGGAUGAUUGUAUCUAUUUUUGCUCUGCCUGUAUUCGCCUUUUACAUUCCCAUUUACUCGUACUGGCAUUUCGAUGACUUCUCCUGGGGUAACACGCGUGUUGUUGUUGGUGAAAAAGGCAAGAAGUUUGCUGUGGCUGCUGAUGAAGGCACGUUUGAUCCCAAGUCUAUCCCCACCAUGAAGUGGUCUGAAUACGAACAAGCCUUGCUCUCAGAAGAUCACUGGAGUGACAAUUUGUCUCAGAAUAGCAGCAGUGCCUACACUCACAACAGUCGUCGCAGUGGAAGCCGCAUGAUGAACAACAAUGCCAACUCCAUGUACAAUCAAGGCGCUCCCAUGAUGAACAGCUCGGAUAAUAUGAGUAUGUACUCGCCUAGUGUCAUGAUGCAGUAUCAGCAACAACAGCAGCAGAGAAUGAGCUCCAAUUUCGACCAUCAAAGCAUGGUAAUGCCCUCGUCGACAUCCAUGCCCAUGAUGCCCUACUCCAAUAGUGCUACCAUGCUUCCCAUGCCAUCCAGUAGAUCCAUGGCUUCCUUUGCUCCUGCCCAAUCUGCCUCGUUCAACAACCAACCCGGUCAAUACAUCCCCAUGCAACAAGCACCUCAAUUCAACAGUAACAACAAUCCACAAAGCGGUAGUAGCCAUUCACUCAUGAUGGAUGGAUUCACCAUGGGAGACAAUCCCGGCCCUAAAAAUGAGGAGAUCCUCUUCCAAGUACAGCGCAUCUUGAGCACAGCAGAUCUUACAAAGGUCACCAAGAAACAGGUGCGUGAAGAGCUCCAGACCAUCUUUGGCGUCUCCAUGGCCUCUAGAAAAGAUUAUAUUAAUGCCUGUAUUGAAAAUAUUCUUCAAGCUCGCGCUUAA